AUGGACGCUCAUCGUAUCGCAGACGAGCGUCCCGUCAUGCUCAAAGUUGUCUCCACCCAGGUUCACCCACAUGAGGUUCAAAUAGCGCGUUUCUUAUCUUUUCCGCCCCUUGCCGACAAUCCAAGAAAUCACUGUGAUCCUAUUCUCGAUGUUCUUCAAGAUCCAACUGAUGUUGACCAGAAAAUUAUUGUUAUGCCCGGUUUAAUUGCCUUUGAUCGACCCAAAUUCCAAACUGUUGGUGAAGUGAUCGACUUUUUCAGGCUAUUUGAGUGCCUUUUCCUCGUGCAAAUAGCACGCACUGUGCGACAUGUGCCUCCCAUUCCGUCGUACAAUCUUUGUUUGGAUCGACGGCUUCCCGCAGGGACCCAUGCGGGAAUUCUACACGCAAGAGCGGACGCUUCCUGUGGCAUCCUGACACCCGUUGGCAAUGAAUACCCACUGGAGCAUGGCAUCUGA